AGAAAAUAUCUUGGUAAGGACUUGGUUCGCUCUGGAGUUACUCGAUUUGCCACUGCUUAUUUGAAUUUGAAGAGUUUGCAAGACAACAAGAAGGAGCUCAAAAGGCUCUUUAGAGAUAAUGAUCUCAAUGAGAUGGGUUACUUGAAGAGUGCUAAGGGGAAGAAGGCAGAAAAAGUGGUGAAGGUUUUUGAAAAAAUGUUGAUAUUGCUGUUAAUCUUUUUAAGCCAUUGGCUAUUGUGUUGAGAAGAAUGGAUAGUGAUGUUCCUGCAAUGGGAUUUUUGCAUGGAUAUCUGCUUGAGGCAAAGAGAGAAAUUGCUGUGAGGUUUGACAAUGAUGAAGAAAAAUACAAACCUAUUUGGGAAAUAAUUGACAAAAGAUGGGACAACAAGUUGAAGAGUCCACUACACUUGGCUGGGUACUAUUUGAACCCUUAUUAUUAUUACCCAAACAAGACAAAUAUUGAGAAAGAUGGAUCAUUUAGAGCAGCUGUAAUUGAUUGUGUUACGACGCUGAUUGAUGAUGAAGACAUUCAAGAUAAUAUCAUUGAAGAUCUCAACAAAUACAAGGAACAGCAAGGGUCAUUUGGACAUGACAUUGCCACAAGGCGGCGGAGAAAUAAGGACUUCAACCCAGCAACAUGGUGGCUGAAUCAUGGCACAGCUACACCUAAUUUGAGGCUGUUGGCAAUAAAGAUUCUAAGUUUGACAUGUAGCUCCUCUGCCUGUGAGAGGAAUUGGUCAUCAUUUGAAUCGGUACACACAAAGAAGCGCAACAGAUUACUUCAUGACAGGAUGAGAGACCUUGUAUUUGUCAAAUUUAACUCUAUACUAAGGCAAAAGAAAGAGAACAAGGGUAGAGAUCCCUUAGAGAAGGAAAUUAAUGAUGUGCUGGAGGAUGACAACAAUGAGUUCAUUACUGGAGUAGAACCAAAUGCAAGUCUAGAAGAUCAGGAAUGUACAGAACCAUCAACAAAAGCACAAGAUGCAGCAACAUCUCAAGCCAAAGCCAAAAGAAUAAGAGCUCCACGCCCAAGGAAGAAAUUCAGGACCCUGUCAUCUCUAAUGACGCCUCAGUCUGCAUCCUCAGCCUCUGAAUCAGAGGAAAAUCAAGAUGAUAUGGUAUUUACUGAUGCUGAAGAUGAUUAGGUGAGUACACCAAACUAUUCGGAUGCUGAAAUGCAUGUGUGAUGUACUGAUAUGUGCGAGAUUAUGGCCUAUUGCUCCAAGCCUGCUGUUUGUAUGUCUAGUUGUUGUUAACUUUGAACUUUGAAAUCAUGUAUGUCUCUAUGUGAUGUAUCAUGUAUGAACUACGAACUUUAAUGUAAUG